AGCACGAACACGUCGUCUUGACUAGGAGGACGGUGACGUUUGAAAGAAAACCAGACUGGACCGUGCAGUUUCAACACAUUGGUGCAAUAAAUUCAUCUUUUAGUGUCCACAUGGGUGCCAUUCAGGGGUUCCCCAAAUGGGAGCGAAAGGUACGCAUGUUUUUGUGCCUUUUCGGUUUGGUUUUGUCUAUUUAUGCCCUUCACGUCGAGGUAUCCCGGGAGAGAAACCCAGAUUACAGAGCGCUGUGCGACCUGGGGGAGUCUGUAAGCUGCUCCAGAGUUUUUACCUCAAGAUGGGGACGUGGUUUUGGUUUGGUCCAGUACUUUGUGGCCAAAGAUAGUCCUCUAAACCAGCCCAACAGUGUUCUUGGCAUCAUAUUUUACACUCUGCAGAUGGGCCUUGGACUGUCUGUGUCUAAAAAAGCAGCAGCUUUUUUGGUCUUCUCCUCCUGGGUUUCUGUGGCCGGUUCACUCUAUCUUGCAUCUAUUCUCGCAUUUGUUCUGGGAGACUUCUGCAUGGUCUGUGUCUCCACGUAUAUUGUCAACUUUGCAUUGCUCUACACCAACCUGAAACGGAAGAGAGCAGUUCAGGAAAUUAAGGAAAAAGCCAGAUAGAAAGUGUUGCCUGUGAAAUGUAACAAAUCCCUUCCUGCCAUCCUGAAACCCUGCUGGAUUCAUCUCACAGUAUUUUGCCAGUGUUUACAUGAGUUUACAUUCAGUAUUUUCACAGAAAAAUAACUGGAGAUUUGACUCAGAAUAUCUAUAAGUUGGUUCUCAAUACAGAAACUUUGUUGUGCAGCAGCUACUUUUGUAUAUUUUUAUUAACUGGUAAUGAUUAAAACACAUUUUUGAAUUCUGACUUAA